GAAACUCUGCUGAAUAUCUUAGGUUCAAAGAGAAUCACUUCUACAACAAUGACCAUAUCUACACUUUAUUGACUGAGUUUCAAAGUAUAACAUUUUUACCUGUUAUUAUGUUCUUGUACAUCUCUUCUCUCUAUUAUUUACAGAACACAUGGUUCCUGAGCUCAUAAAUCCUGAUGAAAGCUACCCUGUGUUAGUGCUGUGUCUGUUUCAGGUUAAGGGGUAAUUAUAUGACAGUGUAGUUCAGCCCAACUAGUUUCUAGCCUGGAGGAAGCACAAUCACUGCUGACUGUAGUUUCCUGCCCGAUUGCUUGCAGCACAGAAUUGAGGAGCAGGAGUAAAGAGUGAGAGUAAAAGGAGAACAGAGAUAGGACACAGGACUGGUCCUGCUCAGCUCAUUGUAAGACUUCAAAAAAAGUUUUGACGGAAGAGUGCUAAAGACUUUGCACGCAGAAACGCAAUAGAAGGUGGGAAAACCUGUGCAGACAAAGAGUAUCCAGCGAGUUGCCUGCAGACACACAAACUUCCCAACAUCUGGUGCGCUGGAGAACGGGGCGAGCCGGAGUGAGAAACUUUGGAGGCGGAGAGAAAACUCACUUCGCUGGAGAAUAAUGCUUUGAAUUGGAAGUUUGGGGGCAACUACAUGAGUCGAACAGACAUUCUGUGGUUGAUAAUAUUUAACAGAGAGGAGGGAAAGAGGACGGGAAAGGUGUCGGAGGGCGAGUAAGUCCACCUGGAGCGGACAGAGAAUGAAUUAGCCAAAGGUUUGGCUGCACCGUGUCCCAGCCAUACAGAAGAGCCAGGCCUACGCCCAUGGAUGAGGAGAGGAGUGCCCCUGCCAUCUCACCUGAGCCACCUGAUGAUGGGGAACUCGGCCUACCAGAAUCUCAACUAAAUUCACACACGACAUCCACGACAGAGAUUGCAAACGGCUGCCCCAAUCCAAACCCCUUUUCUAGUUCAGAUGUGGCCCACAUUUACACUGAGCCCCUCAUAUUGAGGUUAAAUGGCACCCAGGAAAAGUUGCGAGGCGACCAUGGGGACAAGUGUAACGGCGUCCUGUCACACUCAGAGCUCACAACACCCAGCAGGAGUAUCACAUCACAACCAGCAGCCAGAUCCACGCCCGUCCACCUCACCCAGCCAUGUCGGACGCAGCCCGGCAGCCAAUUACGCAACGGAGCCAAGCACCACGCGAACACACACUGCUCUCACACGCACUGUCCGCAGCACACGCCUCACAAACACGCCCUCCAGUCCAACGGGGUCAGGAACGGCGGCCCUCACGCGCAUCCCAAGCUGGGCUCCCUCCCCAGAGGCGGAUCAUCGACCUCCUCGUCCUCGUCGGCAGGACCUAAACACAGCAAAAAACUGCAGUCCAAUCCGUCCAUCACCUCCCAGAGCAGCAAGAGGAGCAAGAGCAGCUCCAAGAGCAACAGCUCGCAGAUCCCCACGGAGGCACAGGAUGACUGCUGUGUUCACUGUAUUCUGGCCUGCCUCUUCUGUGAGUUCCUGAGCCUGUGCAACAUUGUUCUGGACUGUGCCACCUGCGGCUCCUGCGCGGGGGACGACUCGUGUUUCUGCUGCUGCUGUGCGUCAGAGGAGUGUGGCGACUGUGACCUGCCCUGUGACAUGGACUGUGGCAUCAUCGACGCCUGCUGCGAGUCUGCAGACUGCCUAGAGAUCUGCAUGGAGUGCUGCAGCCUUUGCUUCUCUUCCUGAGGGCCCUUGGUCGUCGUCUUUGUUGCCUUGGAUUCUGUGGUUUAUACUAUAUUGGCUGGCCUAGUUGGCUCCACAUUAUGUCUAAUGUUUCUUACAGGGUUUGCCAAGCAGGAGAUGUGCUAACGCUGAGAGCAGUCACUGCUGAAUUCUUCCUCCUUUAUCGAUCAAACCGCAGGACAGAAGCGCUCCCCCUGCCUUGUAUUUGCUGUUGGUUCAUCGCUACACAGCUGGGUGUACCGUGCAGAGUGAGUUCCAGCUGUGGUCCACAAGCGUCUGCAGGGCUGUGCAGAUCUGGGUCUUUUGGACCCUCACAGAACGAGAGCCAUUAUCACAAUGGAGCCCCUGUGCCGUCUAAAUGACUGGAGCUCUCCAAGCAUGAAAAAUGACCUCCAAAGGCAAAUGAGAAAAUGGCUCCAUUUAACCGGAUUUUAGUGUUUCUGUAGAUAAGAGCAGCAGCAUAAUGGGAAAAUGGACGCUCAGAUCUCAGUAGAAAUGUAGUGUGUCCUCCUGUCCUUGGCAAGGUUAAAGUCUUCCAGUUUGAUUGCGUACAGUGGCCUUAGUGACACACACACACACACUCAAAGUGGAAGAUGUUGAAUCCACUGCUGUCUUUGUUAUUCAUGCAAUGCACAAGAUAGAGAACCAUUAAUGGUGGCUUGUGGCAAUAUUACAGAAAAGUUUCUUUUGUUAAUAUACAUCUCACUUAAUGGACUUAUUCAGAGAAGAACCAAAAGAAGAUGGGUCCAAUUACACGAGUACCGCAAGUGUUGGACAUCACAGAGCGGACGCUUGAUAACAUCCAUCAUUGACACUUUCUCGACUUUAACAUGUGAAGGGAGAGAGCUCUUAAUCCAAAGUCUCUCCUCAUUAAACGUUUCAUAUCCAAUGUGCUUUUUGUUUAUUCCGAGGGGCCUUGACUGUUUGAAAUGAAUGGUCAGAACUGUUAAAGGGUUGGCAGAGGGUUGGAAGGCAUCAUCUCUUCUUCAAUACAUUUCACUCUCCUUUUUGUCCCUCUUGCUAUGUGAACAAAUGGCCUUGGCUUUGCUUGAGGCCUGAAUUUUCAAGUACAUUCCUUGCCUUUAUUAAUCCUCGUUUUGUAGAUUUUUAGUUAAGAUAUUUGCAUUUCUCCUCCAAUGUGAAAAUCACAUUUUUGUGUUAUCAGGUUUGGCUUGGCUCUCUGUAAAGCAGACAUUGCUCUACAUCUGAUUUAAUUCCAUGAGUGAAAAUCUCAUGACAUUAUGCUGAGUUAGAUCCAUGUGCACAAAGUAUGAAUGGUACGCUUUUUGAUAACAGCCCCUCAUUCUUAUUUGCUCAGAUUCAUCCCCCUCUCCAACCCAGUACCUCUUCAGAUGUCUCCUAGAUCUGCAAUACUUUUUUGUUUCUAUGUAAUACCAAAGAGUUUUCUAUUACUGGACCAUGGUUUCUAGAUUUUAAUCGUACAUUUAAGGUUUUUCUUUUUUUUUUUGCUAUGCUUAUGUGGCUGUGGUUAAUUAAUCCCUAUUUUAAGGGCUGUAAUAUAACACUGUUAAUGAAAAACACACACUAAAGCUGUAACUCAACCUGAUAACACCAAAGUUUUUAGAAAAAACAACAACAAAAUAAUGCAACUUGAGGAGAUGUAAUGUCUCUUUAUGUGUGUUUACUUCAGGUUGGACAUGUUACAGACAUAUUUAAAGUAGAGUGGGACACAUCCUGGAGAGCCCUGGAGAACGAUGCAGUUCUUCACAUUGCAUAGAGAUUUAUAAAGGGAGAACUGCAUUGUAUAACGGUAUGAAAUAAAUGUGAUAACAAUGUCAGUUAUUUGGUUUAAAAGGUUUUUUGCAAGUGCAGAUGUAGACGCUUCAUUUAAGAACCUGUUCUCUGUCACCAGUCAAAAAGAAUAAGUGUGCAAUUUUUUUAUAAAUAUCUCAAUGUAAGGUAGACCAAAAAAAAAAGUCUUAAACCAAAAUGAAAACUUUCCUUACAACACUGUAUAAUAAUAUUAUAGGUCAAUCAAUAGAGUUUGAUACAAUGAGCCUGUAAGUGAUAGUUAGCUACGGAGUCAUCAAGCCAAUGUAAACCCUGGUGAUGCCCCGGCUCGUGUGUAUGUGAUAGGGUAGGUUAGGUCAGUUCAAUCAUAUCUGUGUUGUCACUACUUGACUAGCUAGCAUAUCCUGAGCCUGGGUCUGUUGAAGGUUACAAUGCUGUUUGGGUGUCAUAUAGUAAGUCUUGUAACUUAUCAAUAGGGAAUAAGGGCAUAAAUGGGAUGAGGGGUUUCUUAAGGGAGUGCUUAUCCUUUCAUUAGGGCACAAUUAAAAAAAAUAAACUCUUCUGUUGACAAUGACACAUCUACGCUGCCUGUGAGCUGUCCGUUUUCAAUAAACAUUUCCUUUUCUAAAAUGCUAACACAAGCCGGAAUCUGAGUACACAUUAUAAUAUGUUUCCUAUUGGCCCAUUUUACUA